AUCCUAUUCAGUACUGUUUAAUUGCUACAAUUAAUUCACGUACUUUUCCUGAAAAACACACACCUUUCUAAGAAAGAGAUUUUCCUGAUGGGGCGUUGGAUGAAGCCAGAGAUAUAUCCACUUCUGGCCCCAAUGGUGUUCGUUACUAGUUUGUGCGCCUUCCAGCUUGCAAGGAACAUUCUCGGCAAUCCCGAUGUUAGAGUUAAUAAGAGUCACCGUCUUAUGGGAGUGCUCGACAACAAAGAUGAGGGUGAGAAGUACGCCGAGCAUGGCUUCCGGAGGUUCCUUCGUAGCCGCCCGCCGGAGGUUAUGCCUGCCAUCAACCGCUUCUUCUCGGAAGAUAAAUGAGCUAGCACAUAUAUAGAUGAAAAGAAUCCAUCCAUGGGAAAAUGGGUCGGUUUUGUGUUUGAUGAUUGUUGUUUAUAUAUGGUGCCUUUGCUGCGA